UAUAUUACAUGUACAAUAGCGGGAUCUGCAGUGUUACAUUGUAUCAUGCUAUAUCAAAAUGGCCACAGUCAUCCAGACCCCCCUAAAAUCGCAAUCCAGUGGAGCUGUCAUUAAGAGCAGCCUGGGAGAGGACUUCUAUCGGGAGGCCAUCGAGCACUGUCGCAGCUAUAAUGCCCGUCUCUGCGCCGAACGCUCCAUGCGGCUGCCCUUCCUGGACUCUCAGACGGGCGUGGCUCAGAGCAACUGCUACAUCUGGAUGGAGAAGACCCACAGAGGUCCAGGGUUGGCUCCUGGACAGAUCUACACCUACCCUGCCCGCUGCUGGCGGAAGAAGAGACGGCUAAAUAUUCUGGAAGACCCACGCCUCGGACCCUGUGACUUCAAGAUAGACUACGAGUCGUCUCUGAAGAAGGAGGUGGGCCUACCAGAGGGGCCAGUGUUGGAGUCGCUGCUCAGUGCCGAGAUACUGGACAGGAAGGUGGAGACCAAGGAGGAGGAGCCUAUGAGCGAGUGUCAGAAGCUGCUGGUAGGAGACUUCCCACAUGAGCUGGAAAUGGAGGACAUGGACGAUGACCUACCCAAACGCAAGAACCGCACAAAAGGCAGGGCCUAUGGAGUUGGAGGACUGAGGAAGAGGCAGGAGCCGGCCUCUUUAGAUGACAGAGACAAGCCCUACGUGUGCGACAUCUGUGGGAAACGUUAUAAGAACCGGCCGGGCCUGAGCUACCACUACACCCACACCCACCUGGCGGACGAGGAGGGAGAGGAGGACGCUGAGCGCCACACCCUGCCUUUCCAACGCAAAAACAACCACAAGCCCAAGAAAGCCCCCGACGGGUCUGUCAUCCCCAACGGCUACUGCGACUUCUGCCUGGGCGGCUCAAAGAAAACAGGGUGCCCUGAGGACCUCAUCUCCUGCGCAGACUGUGGGCGGUCAGGCCACCCGUCCUGCCUGCAGUUCACGGUUACCAUGACGGCGGCUGUACGCACAUACCGCUGGCAGUGCAUCGAGUGCAAGUCCUGCAGCCUCUGCGGGACGUCCGAGAACGAUGACCAGCUGCUAUUCUGUGAUGAUUGUGACAGGGGGUACCACAUGUACUGCCUCAGCCCACCCAUGGCAGAGCCGCCGGAGGGGACCUGGAGCUGUCACAUGUGUCUGAGGCACCUGAAAGACAAGGCGUCGGCUUAUAUCACCCUAACCUAAGCCCCGCCCUGAUUCUCCACCAAUAUCUCACCCACCAUGCCCUGCCCAAGCCCAAGCUCCCCCUGAGCCCAGCCCCCUGGUUGUCAAGGAAACUCUGCAUGGAAGCAUCUGCAAGUUUCGCAUUGAAGGAAGAAUACAUGACUUGGUGUCCGUAUCCCAGCAUCCACCUCUUCCCGUGCCACUCCUAUGGCUGCCCCUCCCUCCCUGAAGCACCUUACACAUCCAUGGAGCAGAAGCUCAGCUGUUGGUCCUGUUCGCCCAAAGAGCUGCACGACACAGCAGUGAGUUGACAUUACAGCGAUGUUAUGUUACGCUCUGUCUGGGUAAUGAGCAAAAGGAACACGACAGCUCAGAAAGUGACACUGUUAAGUUACGCUCUGGCUGGGUAAUGGAUCUAAUUAGCAGAACUGCUCAGCUGCACUCUGCACUCUAUGUGCAAAUAUGUAACUGCAGGGAUGAUGGCACCCUGCACUGAGUCUCAACACUGAGGCAGAAGCCAUGCGAAACUCUAUGGACAACAGGAUCUGUUGAUUCCGUGUUCCUGCAAAGUUGUAGAAACGUAAAACUGUCAUGAUUUACUAGAGUGGGGGGUGGGGUGGGGGGUUCAUUACAUGGCUCUGCUAUUAGGAGUUGAAUGAACAUUCUUGAGACCAGCUUCUCGGCCUUCAGAACCAGCCAAUCACACAGAGCACACCAGCUCCUCUCCUCAGAGCUAUCAGUCACUGUGCAGAGACAGUACCAGUGAGCCCCACUGAGCAAUGGAGCGGUGUGAGUGGAUAACGUUUGGAUAACGUUGGGAUAACCUUUGAGACUUUUCAUGCAGUGAGGAAAUUGUUACACUUACCGAUGGACAGUAUUG